CCCGGCCGGCGCAGGGGGACCUGCCGCUCACGGUGGUGGCCUACGCGGACCUCUUCGGGGGCUGGACCAUGGACGCCGUGGCCCGCAGCACGGCCGGCUCCGGCCGCAGCCGCUCCUGCUGCACCUUCUGCGGGGUGCUGCGGCGCCGAGCGCUGGAGGAGGGGGCGCGCCGCGUGGGAGCCACGCACAUCGUGACGGCCCAGGAACGUACUCGCAGGACCCGGAUGAGGCCGAGGACACCCCAGCCCAGGGUGGGAGAGGCCGCCUGCCCACUGCACCUCCCUAAGGCCUUUCUCGGAGUCUGAACCACAGGUUCUCCUGAGGCCGGGAGGUAUUCGCUUGGAAAGCGCUUUUACUCCGCGUGUGGAGGGGCCUCUCAGGGAUGGUGGGUGCGAACGAGGGCGCCCCGGUGGCCACAGGGGCGCGUGUGUUUUCUCCUUUCUUGCCGGGUCCACCUCCAGCCUCCGCCUGGCCCGCUGUCCCAG